AUGGCCAUGCUCAGAGUGUCUUCUUACCGCAAGCUGUUUGAGGAUGAUAACCGGAGUCGAAAUGGAGGCUUGGGUAUGCAGUGUGCAGAGCAGUACCGGGCCUCUGUCAGGGGUGCGGCCGCUGAUGACUGUGACUGUGACAAGUUAGACUUCGCAGCUGCCAAGUCUCUCAACAAGGAGGGUCUGAACCAGUUUGCCCAGGACCGCACCAUCAUCGCUGCCCUUAAUGACCGCCUGGUCAGGCUUAUUGAACUGGCCCACUGUUUUGAGAAAGACAAUGAGUCUCUUGAAUGUCAGAUUGUGGAACUAGAGGAGAAGCUGAACAGUCAACGAGCCUCCUCCAGCAUCACCUCCGCUGUGGCUCCACCUGACUACAGCCUGGAUGCAGUGGUGGAAAGACUGCGCAAGGAGAGGGAUGAGAUUCUGUGUGACACUGAGGAGCUGCAGAAACAGCUUGAAUGUUUGAAGAAAGGCUACGAGGCGGCUGCACAGCAGAGGAUCUUCCUCCAGCAAGAACGACAAGAUGUUGCUGAGGAAGUGGAUGCUGUGACAGCAGAGUGUUUGGCGCUGAGGGAGCAAGUGGCUAUCUACAAGGAGCAGCUGGCCAACAUGGAGGCCCAGCACAAGACGGAAGUGGAGAGUCUGCUGUAUCCAGCUGACGCGACUACAGGAGCGGUGGCAGCUAUUAGAUUUAGCAGCCCUGACAUCACCCCGGCCUUGGAUGUAAAGGAGUACUACUGCCAGCUGGCUGAGAGCCUCCAGUACAAGUGUGGUGCAGCCCCCUCUGCUGUGGCUCUCCGUGGUGACGGAAAACAACUGGAAGUGGGGGAAGCUGUAGGGUCAGCAGACAAAGACUUACCAAAGACCAAGAACAUCAGUGAGAUGAAGGUGCAGAUUUCAGAGCUGGAAAAGGAGCUUGCAGAGCUCGAGAAGUGUAAUGAGGAGCUGGAGGACGAGAUUGAGAUGAAGAAGGCUGCAUACAUGGACGAGAUUGCUGAGUUGGAGUGUACUAUAGAUGAAAUGCAGCACCAGGAGGCCGACCUGGAAGCGCAGAUGAAGGAGCAGUGUGAAGACUACAAGGAGCUGCUCAGUGAGAAGAUGGCCAGAGACAUGGAGAUUGUUGCCUACAGGAGUCUGGUGGAGGAAGAGGAGGAGAGGCUGUGCAACCUGUGAAAUGAGGCUGAAGAGUCAGACUGGGCGGCCGGGGUUUGGCUGGAUGCUCCCCUCCCACACAUGGAUUAGAAAAGCAGACAAAAGAAAAGCAUGAAAACCAGACACAAAUCAGCACUAGGAUGAAGCUUAAGGUACCAACGCAGCAAUUUGAGCAGAUGUAAACUUAUCAUGACAGAUUAAUGCUGUCUGGAGGCCUGAGCCGGGCCAUUGAUAACAGGUCACUGGCGGACGACCCCGAGACUCUCAAGAACGAUGGAGCUGUCUAAAACUGGGAGGGAGGUGGGAGGAUGAGGGCUCCGCAUUGAGUGUGUAUCCAUUCAGUGUCUGGCAGUGAUAUUUCCUUAAGUGGGUUUUUAUCUUCACCAGCUCACUGAUAUGUUUCAUAAAUGUUGUCCCCUCUUUGUCGAACAAGUCUCAACACACUAACACACACACACACACACACACACACACACACAAGCUAACGUGUGCGGCUCCGUCAAGUCAUUCUCCCUCUGAUACCACCUCGUCCAUCACCCAAACUUUGUCUGAUUACCAGCUCUUAACCCUUGACCCCGUCACUGUUAACAAACAUAUUGAUAUCCUCUCCUCACUAACUGAAAGUGUCUCACCGUCCUUUUGCUUUUACAGUGAUGCGUUCAUGUUGGUUUUACAUAAAACUGUGUUUGCUUUUCAAAUGGUUCAUGAAGUUGUUUUUCUGCAGCUCUUACAAACCGGGCACCUGGAUCUUUCUACAAGAAAAGCCUGUGUGAUUCAUUAUUCCUUCUUUGAAAAGCAAUGUCCCAAUUUGCUGUCAUUUGAGAAAUAAGCUUUUGGUAUUACAUUCCUUCGUAAUCUUUUCCUUAUUUUCUACGAUCUGUCUGUGAUAAAUCAUUUCU